CACUCGGCUGAUCGCCCCCGAGCGCCGGCGCGGGCGAGCGGCGGAGGCCGGCCUGUUGGCGGCCAUGGACCGCUUCGUGUGGACCAGCGGCCUCCUGGAGAUCAACGAGACCCUGGUGAUCCAGCAGCGCGGGGUGCGCAUCUACGACGGCGAGGAGAAGAUAAAAUUUGAUGCUGGGACCCUCCUUCUUAGUACACACCGACUAAUUUGGAGAGAUCAGAAAAAUCAUGAGUGCUGCAUGGCCAUUCCUCUUUCCCAGAUUGUGUUCAUUGAAGAACAGGCAGCUGGAAUUGGGAAAAGUGCCAAAAUAGUGGUUCAUCUUCAUCCAGCUCCAGCCAGCAAAGAGCCCGGCCCGUUCCAGAGCAGUAAGAACUCCUACAUCAAACUCUCGUUCAAAGAACACGGCCAGAUUGAGUUUUACAGGCGUUUAUCCGAGGAAAUGACACAGAGAAGAUGGGAGAAUAUGCCAGUUUCUCAGUCAUUGCAAACAAAUAGAGGACCCCAGCCAGGAAGAAUAAGGGCUGUAGGAAUUGUAGGCAUUGAAAGGAAAUUGGAAGAAAAAAGGAAAGAAACGGACAAAAACAUUUCUGAGGCCUUUGAAGACCUCAGCAAGCUAAUGGUCAAGGCUAAGGAAAUGGUGGAGUUAUCAAAAUCAAUUGCUAAUAAGAUUAAAGAGAAGCAAGGUGACAUCACAGAAGAUGAGACCAUCAGGUUUAAAUCCUAUUUGCUGAGCAUGGGAAUAGCUAACCCAGUUACCAGGGAGACCUAUGGUUCCGGCACCCAGUACCAUAUGCAGCUGGCCAAACAGCUGGUUGGGAUACUGCAGGCGCCGCUCGAGGAACGAGGGGGAAUAAUGUCACUCACGGAGGUGUACUGUUUGGUAAACCGAGCUCGAGGAAUGGAAUUGCUCUCACCAGAAGAUUUGGUGAAUGCAUGCAAGAUGCUGGAAGCGCUAAAAUUACCUCUCAGGCUCCGAGUUUUUGACAGUGGCGUCAUGGUCAUUGAGCUUCAGAGCCACAAGGAAGAGGAAAUGGUGGCCUCAGCCUUGGAGACAGUUUCAGAAAAGGGAUCCCUGACAUCAGAAGAGUUUGCCAAGCUGGUGGGAAUGUCUGUCCUCCUGGCUAAGGAAAGGUUGCUUCUUGCAGAGAAGAUGGGCCAUCUUUGCCGAGAUGAUUCAGUGGAAGGCUUGCGGUUUUACCCAAAUUUAUUUAUGACACAGAGCUAAGGGUUUUGUAUUUCAAAUACUUCUUGUUCAUCUACUUGUAUCAUGUAGAAGUUGUAGGAUGUUGAGCUCAGAGUAAACCCUGAUAAACUGAGAAUUUCUGGAACUUUAUACUAUAAUAUAAAACCCUUUUAAUUUCUCCCUAAAUAUUGUGGUCCAGGAAGUUUACUUGGGAUAAAUAUAGGAAAAUACAGAAAACUGAACGCCACAAUGAAUUUGAAAUCAUGCUAUAGUUGUAUAGAACCAUCAGAGUGUAACUUGAAAUAUGGUGGACUUUGACUUGAUCCUCAAAUAUGACCAUUUUUUUAAAGAAGGGAGUUCAGUUAAUGGGGGAAGAAAGAAGUUGCAUGUUUGGACAGGUUAGUGGUGUGACUAAAAUUCAUUGAAUUAUAAACAGUUUUUCUCUGCAUCUAAUGUGCCCAUUUGGGGGCGGGGGGUGGUUCAUGAAGCAAGUCCUACUGUCAAGGUAGCUUAAGAACUGGCAGCAUUGGGAUGGAACAUGAAACUGCAGAAGGCCAUCUGAGGCUCCCUUGCUAAGGGCUUUUCUUUAGAAGCAGUCAAAGCGUGUCUUCAACAGAUACCUUAAAAAAGGAGAAAAUUGUAUUUGACUUAUGUAUAUAUAAUCUGACUCAUCUUUUUUUCAAGUGAUGAUUUCACGGCUGGCAUUUAAAGAAUGCGGCUAUCUCAUUUUGUUUAAAAAAUGCUGUGGAUUUUGAAACUGAAUUAACAAGCUGUAUAGACACGCCCAGAGAUAUGAUUACAAAUUUGGAAAGUAGAGGGCUGAGGAAUUCCCUAGGAUUGUGUGGGUGGAGGGGCCCGGAGAACCUCUAAGUAGCUUAACAGGAACCUUGGUGCUCUUUGACCUCGAAAGCCAAGGACAGGAACAAAGAAGGUGGACAAGUAAUCGGUCUCCUUUUCCUUCCCUUAAGGAGUUUCAACAAGGAACUUUAAAAAAUUUUUCAUAUUCCAGCAAUAUUUUUUUGUCCUUACCCCAUACGUUGGAAGUUGCGUAGAGAAACUAUCUCACUGAAAAGUAUUACUGAGAUAACAAAAACUGGCUGAUAUUGAACGUAGAUUGCUUGAGUUCUAAAGUGGACUGCCUGACUUCCUAUGUUACUGCUGUCCAGCAUACGGUGUGCUGGCAUUGCCUCAAACUCAGGGACCCCACAGGGACGGAAGGAGACUCCCCUUCUAAGACUCUGUUGAAAAGGGAAAGUAGUGAUGGUUUUCGGCCACGCCUCCAGAAGGGAUAGUGCCUGUAUUGAGCUAACUGUUGUGACCAGCCGGAGGGGACACCCCGGCUCACACGCUGGGAUCCAAAAGACCUUGUCACUGAGUGAGGUGGAGGCCACUGCCAGAGACCACUACAGAUGCCCUUUGGGGAAGUUGCAGGGAUCCUUGGCUGCAGACCCAGGGAAUCCCUACCCCUGCAGCCGGAGUCAGUCCCUGCCCCCGCCUGCAAAAAGUGGCUGUUGCCGCUUCACAUCCUCCAGCGUCACGGGAACGUCUUGGCUAAAUCCUGCCUGUCUUCAUUUUCUGAACCUGUCGCUGAUGCUACGGUGUGAUGACAGAUCCCCUCAGUUUCUCAUUAGCUCAGCCUCAGGUUUGUGCGGGGGGAAUUCAGUGUCUGGCUGCCCGUGUCUUUCAGGCCAUUGUGUAAACUUGUUUGUAUGGCUCUCCCAUUUCAGGGUUGUACUCACCCUGCUCCGGCAAACAUGUGCACGCACAUUCAUAUGCACACACACACACACACACACACACACACACGGUAUCUCAUCUGGCUGAGGUUUUUAAAAAAUUACAAAGGUAAAUAACAAUCUGUUUCAGCAGCUGGAAUGAGUUGCAACUAAGAUUGUUUGAGCUACUGGAUCUAGCUCUUACGGUGUGGAUUCAUUACAGCGAACUCCCACGGUUCAACAUAUUAAUUUACAUUAGUGUGACAACACAUUAAAAAAAAAUGGAGCAAUCUAAAGUGUAUAAAGUGAACUAAAGAGGAAGAAAAGUGACAUGUGAAUAUAUUUUGGAAAUGUCACAUGAAUUAACAAAACAAGUAGUUCUUUGCGGUUUUAUUUUUAAAGUGGGCAUUCUUCACUGUUUUCAGACCUCUGCGUGUAUAUUUUUUAUGCCCCCCCCUUUUUUUUGCCAAAUAGGGUGUUAUAGAGGUUAUGUUUAAAUACAACCAAUCAGGCCCUAAAUGCAAAAAAAUUAAUCUUGGUGCUUAUCACUGGUAUAAUUAUUAUUUUUGCUUUAUUAACUUUGCUCUUAGGAGCAUAAAUUUGUUUGUAGCUUUACAAUAAUGGAAUUUUUCUAGUCACUUACUGUCAAUUUUUUUACAUUGUACAAGUAAAGAUUGUUUUCAGGGUUAAAUGAUUGGAAUUAAUGUAUAUAGAGUAAAAUUACUGGAAAACUUUUAAAUGAUUUUUCUUAACUUGGUGUUCUUUUUAAAAUACUCUUUGAAAAAAUAUAUGAAAGUGAUAUAAUGAGAAUAAGCCAGUAUGUUAAGAUUUUUUUCUUUAUUUAUGACCUCAAGAUCUUACUGUUUUAGUUUUUUUUUAAAGAAAACAAUGGGAAAUGGCUCAUGAACUGUUUUUUUGUUUUUUGUUUAAAUUCUUGAUGUGAAUUCCAUUGUUGACUGACCUUGCGUAUUCACAUGAAUGUACUGUCCCUUGUUCCCUUUAACCAGACUAGCCUGAGCAGACAUGGAUUUGUCAUGGCCUCUUUCUUGUGCUCUGCCCAGCAGUCUCAGCGUUUUCAUUUUGGUACGGUGGAGACACAACUCAUAAGCUGGUUAGAUUUUUAGACUGUGCCUCAGAAUUAAAUCAAGCAUGCUCAAAAUGAUCCCUGAAAAUUUCUUAAAUUGCCAGUGAAGUUCUCUGUAUAGUCUUACAAUUAGAAUCCCUGUAGAGUGAUACACGGGUAUGAAUAUAUUAUGAAUAUAGUAAGUAUACUAUAUACAAUAAAAACUACAUAGCAUCAGUAGACUUAUAACACCAAUAAUUAAACUAUUUAAAUGUGUGUCCUUUUUGGUUUUUGGCCACUAGAUAUGCUUGAAUUUAUGUAAAUUUGUUGCUAAUCCCACCCCUUAUGAUAGAUCUAGUGUGAACUCCACAAGGGGAGAGAUUUUUAUCUGGUUUGUUCAUGGGUAUACCUCAGAGCCUAGAACAGGGCCUGGCACACAGGAAGCAUUCAAUAAAUAUUAACUGAAUGAAUGAACUCUGAUGUAUAUAACUAUUUAUAACCUGGUUCCAUUUAUCCUACUUUAUCUCCCAUUCAAUUCAAUAAAAAAAAUUUUUUUUAAAU